UGUGAGCGGUGCAUCAUCAUCUUCUUCUUCACCGACUGCAGCCACAAGAAGAGCAGCGGUGGCAGCGCGCCUGCGCAGUGCAUCCAGGGGCUCGGCGGCGUUCGGUGCUGAAGUGGGGCGGAUGGCAGAAAAACAGCGGCGAUGGACAUAACACCGCGGGAUUCCCGGUUACCAUGUCGCUAAACGAGCAUCGGGACGUCGCUUUUGCACACCUAUCACCCUAGGACACUGACAGCCCGGCGGAAACGGGAUGCUGUACUUUCACUGCUCCCUGUACUCUCAAGUCCAUAAAUGACCCUUUCACUGAGAUCCAAGGAGGCCUAGAAGGCGACGGCGAGCGAAACACAAAGGAUAGAGUGAAAUUAGGAAACAAGACCGGACAGGAAGUGUUUACGUUUCACCUCAGCUCUCGUGUCCAUUUCUGUGUCCACGUCGGUCAGGGAUGGUGAGACAAGUAAGCUCUCUUCCCUGUGGUGAAAAGAACGUCCUCGCCUUGCCCCGCAUCUCCAGAAAGCCAAACAGACGCUCAGACAGUCCAACAGUCAGUCACUCCGUCAACCAGCCUGCUAUCGUCCAGCAACCUGUUACCUCAUGCCAUGACUGCUCUGUCUGAUCUGUUUUUAGGAACUCACUAAUUCAUGCCCCGGAGUGUGAGUGGAGUGGAGAUGAGAAAAAGGCAGGCGGCACACAUCGAGGCCCCACCCCAGGCCCCUGGACAGCCCCGACCCAACACCUGCUGCCUCUGCUGGUGCGGCUGCUGCAAGUGUCUCUGGAACGAAGACAGGAUGGAGAGGGGCGACCGACAGACCUGCACCAAGAUGGACAGUAUUGAAACUGCGGAAGAACAUAGUCACCCCAGUCUAGAGGAGGUGCUGUCGUGGUCACGGAGCUUUGAGAUGAUGCUGCGCUCGUUGGAGGGCCGGGAGGUCUUCCGGGAGUUCCUGCGCUCAGAGUACAGCGAGGACAACCUGCUUUUCUGGUUGGCCUGUGAAGAGCUGAAAAAGGAGACCAAUCCUACAGUGGUGGAGGAGAAGUCCAGGAUCAUAUACGAAGACUACGUGUCCAUAUUAUCACCCAAAGAGGUGAGCCUGGACUCGCGGGUCAGAGAAGGAAUAAACCAGACCCUGACCGAGCCCAGCAACCUGAUGUACGAGGAGGCCCAGUUCCAGAUCUACACCCUGAUGCACCGCGACUCCUUCCCCCGUUUCCUCAACUCCACCGUUUACAGAGACCUCCUGGCCAACAGGAGGCGCACCUGCCUCGACACCUAGACCCCCGUCCACCCUCCCUCAUCGCCAUCGUACGCCAACGAGACUACUACUUAAACUUCAAAUACUACUAUGGUGCCAGAAGUCGGGUUUGGAAAAAUCUCUCCCUCUUUUUUGAUUGAAAAGACUGAAUGACAUCCAAGAUAGCUGGUUGUUUUUCUUUUUCCUUUUUUUUUUAAUUUAUAUUUUUUAAGCAAUUUAUAUCCAGUUCUCCACUGGAGCCAGGUCAGCCUUUGCUGGUUGGUUAUUGGUCAGUUUAAGACCAU